CACAGUCAUAUAUUUGCUGUAUAAAGUUGUAUAAAUCAGCAUUGACUCUUCCGUUGUGAAAGGGUUAUCAAAUUUAACAAGUUGCCCGUGUGUGUGGUUAUCAUGAGCAUAAACUCAUUUUGCUGCUGUCACACAAGAGGCCCUCGCUACAGAGGUGACGCAAAUGCUGUGCGCCGUCCUGGGUCAGUCCAGGAGUAGACGAGAAUAUUUUGUCAGGUAUUUGUCAUCCACAUGGGAAUGGGGGACAUGAAGACACCAGAUUUUGAUGACCUGCUGGCAGCGUUUGACAUUCCAGACAUUGACGCCAAAGAAGCAAUUCAGUCUGACACUGAUGGUAAUCAUAAUGAGCGCAGUGGUGUUGUUGGAAAGGAGAGAAGUGGAAGCCCAUGCCUGAGACCUCCAGAAAGCCCUGAGCCUGUUCUUUUAGCUCCUCAUAAUGACCCCUCCAUGGUCAGUGUGAUUGUAAAAAACAGUGUACAUUCUGAUGACAAAACUGAAGGGAAUGGAACUGAAGGGGACAUUUCUGGUGCUGAUGCCUCACAUGAGUCUCCCCAGAAAGGUCUCAGCGAAGAUGGCCUGGUGCAACCAGAUCCGUUCAUCUAUAAUGGACUCAAAACUGUCUCUGAUGGGGCUACAGAGCCCUCUCCACCACCAGCUCUAACCCGGAUGCAGCCCAAUGGGCAACUUUGGUCUCUCUCUGCUCCUAGUGUUUCUAGUGAUGACAACCAGGAUGGCACUUCUUCUAAACACCCUUCUAGCACUUUACCCAUGAUUGAUCCUCCCGUCUUAUCUUCACGUUUAAUUAGUUCAGACUUUCCUCCAAGAGUUGAUUGUGAGGAAGCACCACCAUUAAAUGGCACUAUGAGGACAGGAGUCCGUCGAUGCUUAUCUGAAGAUGAAGAAUCUGAACCAGACCUCGGUAGCCCUGCGCUUGUCAUACAAGAAAGCCCGGAUUCCCAGCGGUGCUCCGCUCCCAAGGUACCACGCAUGCAACGGUCUCCUUCAAGUGUGUUUCAACCACCCUCUCCCUCAUCCCCUUCCUUACCAGUUAGUAACACUCAAAUCGAAGAGCCAUCUGUCCAGAAUCCAACACUUCUACAGAGCGGCGUCAACCCAACAUCUUUGACCUCCACAAGCGAUCUGCCAGUUGAAGAAAAAGACGUGGAGCACAUAAUCGAGGAGAGAGAUUCUCCUGAAAGCCCUGAGCCAGAAAUCCCUCAACCUCAGCCAUCAAAUCACCAAGAAGCCAAUGAGCCAGAAGAGAAGGUCAGAAAAGAAGAAGCCCCUCAAGAUCAAGUUAUUGACAUGAGCAUAAGUGUGCAGGAGAAUAGUGGUCUUCAACUAAAAACAGAAGAUGGUGGAGGGGAGGAGACGCAAGGGAAAUCCACCAAGACUAGUUUGGUAGAUUCCCCUUCUGAAGAUGUCACAAACUCCAGCAAAACCUCCUCCAAGCCUCUCAAAGUCAGAAUCAAGACUGUCAAAACAUCUGCUGGAAACAUCACACGUACUGUAUCUAAAGUGGCUCCCAAAAGAGGGACCUCCAAGGGUCCUGGUGGCUCUAAAGUUCAAGCAGGGGCCCAUAGGAUUCAGAGGUCUGGUGAUGCUCCUCAAGGGCGAGCUCAGGGUUCAAAGUUGACGAUGUUGCCAGUGUCCACCCUUCAGGAUGCCAGCACAGCUAUGUUAUUUGCAGCCAGCAAGGCACAGAAUAAGAUGGCCACCAGUCUUUCCACCACUGCAGUCAAGAUCACCAGAACAUCAACCCUCCCCUCCAUCACCUCUUCACCCAUGCCUGGGGUUCGCAGUUUUGGGCAGAAAACAAUGAACGGGAAUCCUGGGACUGCCAAACCAGCCUCCAUUGUAAACAGCCCGGGAGCUGUGAUCUCACGCAGUCAGUCUAGCCUCGUUGAGGCCUUCAACAAAAUCCUGAACAGUAAGAAUCCACUGCCAAGUUAUCAGCCAGACCUCUCCAUCCCCCCUCCCCCAGAAUGGGGUCUUCGAGUGCCCUCAACGGGAUACCGUUGCCUUGAAUGCGGGGAUGCGUUCGCUCUGGAGCGCAGCCUGGCGAGGCACUACGAUCGGCGCUCUAUGAGGAUCGAGGUGACCUGUAACCACUGCUCCAAACGCCUGGCUUUCUUUAAUAAGUGCAGCCUGCUGCUCCACGCACGAGAGCACAAGGAGAAGGGGCUGGUUAUGCAGUGCUCGCACCUCAUCAUGAGUCCUGUCAGUGUGGAGCAGAUGAUUGGCCAGCAGGAUACCGUGCCUAUAGGUGUGCUUUCUCCAGCUGCCUCCGCUCUGUCUGCCAUUAAAGAAAGUGGUGUCCAUCUGUCACAAUCUUCUGAUAACAGCUGUCCAGAGUGUUGGAGUCCAUUCAAAGGAAAGGCAGAAAUAGUAGCACACUUUCAAGAGGUGGAGCCUGGAGGCACUGAAACGUGUUGUAUGCAGUGUUCUCCUCCGAUGCCGCUGUGGAACUCAUGUAGUGCUGCGGCUCACCGGCGGUUACAUCAGCAGCUCCCUCCGCUGGUUUGCCCUGAAUGCGGUGUCACCUGUCAGUUUCAGGACCUCAACACUCAUCUGAAUCAAACCUGCCUUCACUACUCACGGCGCCUUGGAUAUAGAUGUGCUUGUUGUCAUUUGGUGUUUGGUGGAGUGAAUAGUUUGAAUGCUGUAAAGACUCACAUGCAGACCGCUCACUGUGAGGUCUUCCAUAAAUGCCCCUCCUGCCCCAUGGCUUUUAAAUCUUCCUCUAGUGCUGAAGCCCACUGCACCUCCCAGCAUCCUGAACUCCCUGAGACAGCAAGGCAGUCCAAGGAGAUCUAUAAAUGUGUGAUGUGUCGGACUGUUUUUACUCAAAAAGCAUUGCUCAGUGUCCAUAUCGACACUCACUUAGCCAAGCAGAAGAUGCACGUCUUUAAAUGUCCCGACUGUAACAAGCUGUUCACGCAGAGAGGUUCCCUUCUUGAGCAUUUUAAGGACUCUCACUCUAGCAUUUAUGACACAUCAGCACAGAACAACUUGGUAAAAAUGGAGAGCUCUGAUGGGGAGGAGGAGGGACAGGAUGAAGACGAGGACAGAGGAAGAAUGGCGAGAGAGAAUGGGAACUCUGCUCUCCAGAGUUGGAGCUGCUCACAGUGUCAGACGCACUACACAGACAAAGAGAACUACAUCACCCACAUGUCUGAGCAGCAUGGCAAGGAACUGAAGAAGUUUCCAUGUACUCUUUGUGAAGGGUCCUUCUCUUCAUCGUCAAGUUUAAGACGCCACAUUCGUGUCAAGCACAAAGGCAUCAAAAGAGCGUUUUAUUGCCAGUAAGUAAAAAGUAUUCAG